AUGACGUACAACCACAAGCCCUACUUCCACACUGUCACGACGUCCAAAGCAUUCCUUCGCGAACCGCAACAGAAGGAGAACUGGCUCGAGAGCUUGGAUGAGGAAUGGUCCAACUUGCCCGCCUUUAACUUCGACAGCAAGAACCGUCUCCCCUCGAGAUCCGCCUUCUGGCAAGACCAUGGUGGUGCCCGGGCAGCCCUCGAGAGACUUGUCCAAGGUCCCGAGCCCAGUGACAACGUUAACCGACCGACGCCACGCUCCGAGUACGCGCUGCAGAAAGCCUACGGCACGUCGCUGGGAUCAACCUGGGCUGCUCUGAAUCGUGACGCAAGCGAUGACAACGAUGAUGCUGAGCUUGCCGGCCAUGGCACUUCAACAACAUGCUCACCCCCCGCGCGCUUAACCCCCGAACCAGAGAAGAAUCAAAGGGCACCGCCGCCGCUGCAUAGCUCACCGGAAUCGCUGCCCGAGCAGAGAAGGUCGAAAAGAACGAGACCAAACGCCACGGUCACCAACACCUACGAGCCGUUAUUCUCCUCAAGCCCCUCUAUUUCGACCAAGCAACCCUCUUCGCCUCCCUACAUCAACGAGGAAGAGUCCGUUGUCCACCCGGCUUUGUCUGAGGAUCUCACACACCGAUUUGCGAGCGCUUUCAUUAGGCACAUCCUCUACAAUAUCCCAACCGAUGACGAGCAUCAUGUCGACUUUGACGACCAUAGACUUUCGCUGAAAUGCAGACUUGAAUCAGGAAUCUCUUAUACAUCUAUCGACGAUGGAGGCCUCCUUCUCGUGGCGGACUCGGCACGCGUUCACGGUCGCAUUGCAAUCCUCGAGGCAAAGCGGAACCUGGCAUCUAUUGACAGCGGCAGACACAUCCUCACCGACGAGCGUUUCGCACAAUUGAUUGGCCAGGCAUUGGCUGUUGCGGUGAAUAGGCCACAGAAAUGGGCGGGACUGCAGCAUACGAUCUUCAUGAUUGCUGCCUCGCGUUACUAUAUGCAGUUCUUCGAGGUCUGCGUAAGCCCUGAAUAUCUCGACCAGCUCCAAAUACACAGUCUUCAUCAAGACGAAAACGCCGAUUUCAUCAGAGUUCACGCCACAGAAGUGUUUGACCUGAAGGUAGACCGCGGCCGCCAGCAUGCCGUGAAGAAUCUCGCCGGUAUUGCUGACCAGUCGCGCCAGUGGGCGACGGGAAACUCUUGA